GGCAACCAAAAUUUCUUCCCUUAAAAUUUCACUUGGCAAUCAAAAUCUCUUACCUAUAAAUGAUGCGUUCCUACUUUUACUGUCCUGAUUUGGUGAGGCAUUUUCGAAUAAUUUACAAGUCGUUUGUUACAACGUACACAAAUCCUGCCAAAGAAAGCAUUAACGAAAGGCCAAAAGCAAGUCGGUGCAUCUAGUUUUGCCACCCUGGUCAGUAUAUGGCGACAGAAUCGCAAUAAUUCAUGUGGCGACGAAGUAGUAAUGUCCUAGCGAAAUCUAAGCGUGUUGUUAGGUUGUUUGAGUCUUGUUAUUUCUGUAGCAGUAGCAGGGCCAAAAUGGAACAUUUUGAGUCACAGCACCAAAGAUGGACUGAGCAUCAGCUUGAGAAACUACUGCGAGAGUUGGAGGAUGAAUGUCGAGCUGCACAACAUCAGAGAGUUCCAAGUCGUGCCCGAAGAAUGUGUUGGCUACAUUGGAAAAUAUGUUACUUCAACUCAGUACAAGGUGGACUCAGAGAGGGCGAUUGAGGAAGCUAUUGUGCAUCUGAGCACCAGCUGCAAUUUGGAGAAAGAUGGUAAAGAUGCAUGGAUUUUCGACAUUGACGAUACGCUCCUUUCCACCGUGCCAUACUACAAGAAGCAACAUUUCGGGGGUGAGAAGUUGAACCUGACUUCUCUGGAGGAAUGGAUGAGCCAGGGCAAGGCACCUGCUCUGGAAAACUCACUCAAACUCUUCAAUGAGAUGAAAGCCAGAGGGCUGCAGAUCAUUUUGGUUUCUUCAAGGAGGGAGCAUCUCAGAUCAGCCACAAUUGACAACCUUGUCAAUGUUGGCUAUUAUGGAUGGACAAGUCUCAUAUUGAGGGGUCCCGAUGAUGAAUUGAUGGGGGUGCAAAAUUACAAGACUGAAGUGAGAAAACAGUUGAUUGGUGAAGGCUACCGCAUUUGGGGCAUUGUAGGAGAUCAAUAUAGCAGUAUUGAGGGGCUUCCAAGGGCCAAAAGAACAUUCAAACUUCCAAACCCAUUGUACUAUGUUUCUUGAACAAAACCCAAUAUUGUACUUUUCAUUCCUUUAUUUGAAAUUGUUCAUCCAAUUCAAUUGCCCUGAAAUGAAGCAUUUUAUAUGGAAAAAAAAAAAAAAAAAACCAUUUGAUGGGAAAUGUUGUU